GCUCCCCGCAAACCCCGCGCUGGAUUCCCGCCCCGCCGCAGCGCGGCACUGGCCUGUCCCGCGGGACACGCCGCCUCUCCCGCACGGGGAGACACAUCCCGGAGGACCCCGAGCCUGCAGUUUUCCCAGAGUUUUUUUUAUCAUCUAAAGACUGAAUAUGGACCCUGAAACUGAGAUAAAGAAGCAAGUAAACCCUUUCUACUGCAACAUUUGCAAAAUCUGGUGUGCUUCUGCAUUAAACUUGCAGACUCACUUCCUUGGAUUCAAACACAAGACGGUUGAAGAAGCACUGAAAGCUCAUGGCGUUGUUAAAACACCCAGUGGCUCUGGGAAGCAAGUGAAAACACCUGUAAAACUUCCUGAUUAUGGGCAAACUGAGCCAGAGAGGUUUCAUGGACAGACAUUGGAAGAACAGCUUAAUACAUGUAAAGAUUCAGAACCUGCACUUGGUCUUAAUUAUAUAAUAGAGUACCGAUCAAAAGACAAUUCUCCUUUCCUCUAUGAAUGUCAACUGUGCUACUGUAAGACGGGACUGAAUAACAUGUUCAUGCAUGUUUGUGGUUCCAAGCAUAGACUGGCAUACCUGAAACAACAUUAUCCUGAGAUAGCAGAAUCUGAUGAAAUUAAGGGUAAAGGUUCUGAACUGAACAGAAAAGUUAGGCAAGUCGCAUUAACAAUUGAGAAGAAAGAAGGAAGAAAACAAAUAAAGGUCGUUACAGAUGCUCCAACAAUGAGGAGGAGAUGGCAAGAAUAUUCUAAUGCAGAUGACAGCCCUUCAAAAGCUAAAGUUCAGCAUGUGGAUGCAUCACUUAGUAAUGCAGAAGAAGCAGACAGUAAAAUUUCAGAUGGGAAACUGCCAGACUCUAUUCAAGGUGGAAAUAAUGUUCAAGAGGAGAAGGAAAAAAGUCAGAAAGGACAAGCAAAACCAGAUGAGAAGGUUGAACCUUAUAAGGAUAUUGAAAGCAGCAAAGACAACAACUCAGAAAGGUGUGAAACCAAUAAACAAUUGCAGGAAGAAAACAAAGGAGUUGAGCAACAACUUACAGCAAAUCCUGAAGAAUUCACUAGUCAAGAAGAACUUUUGGGUUAUUUGCAAAGUUUUGAGAUACUGAAUGAAGAUGAUGCUUCAUUUAUCCUGAAAGUUACACAAACUCUUACAGAUGCACUGGUGGAAUAUCGUCAGCAGAGUGCAUCAAACAAAGACCUCUUAGAUGCUGAAUAUAAUGGAGAAGCAGCAUUGGAACGUUCCACAGAACAGUCUGACCUGACUUCAGCAGAUGUUAGUGACUCUGAUACUGACUAUUCAAGCAGCCGAUCAGCUAAGCAGUCCUUAUCAGUAAAUGGAGAAGAUGAACCCCAAAACUUUUCAACUGGCUCCUCAGACACAGCAUAUGAGAACAACGUCACGACUGAAUUUUUGAACAGUGUGAGAAAUAUGAAUGUUGAGGAAGUUACUGCUACUCUACACAAAAUAGCAGCAGCAAAUCCAGCUUUCAGAGGAAUUGAUAUUCCGAAUGUUAUAAGGAUCCUGGCUGAAAGUGGAACUUUGAGGCAGCCAAGCAACGGCAGCACACAGUGACAUGGUGAUUAAAAGACUUAAUAUAGCAAUGUUUACUUUCUGUAAGUUUGUUGUUUUACUUAAUGAGAGCUUAACAGAGUUGACUUUAUUAUGUGUAGGUUUUGUACAGUGUUAUUUUAAUUAAGUUAAUAACUUGGGUUUGAGAUUCUUGUUAUUUAUUUCUCCAUGUAGCUGAAACUUCUAUAUAUUAUGGAAAGCUUGUAAAGCUCCUAUUCUUUCUUUCCAUGUAAAACAUAUUUUUAAAACAGGCAACUUGUGUUUUUCAAUAUCAUUAAAUACAUCAAGUACAUUGAGAGUCUGAUCUUUUCUUAUUGUUGGUUCUUUUACAAGGAGUUAUCAGCAGAGUUAACUACUGCAGUCAGCAGUACAGAUUAAUCCUACAACGUAUACUCAGAAGUUAUUCCCUGUGGCUGCUGGGCCUCAAAAUCUUUUGUGAUCAAAACCCCUCUCCCCUAUAAGUGUUAUGAAUAGGUCUCCACUUUUUUAAAAAAUAAAGAUUAAAAAUAAUAAUAAAAAGUCAGUGCUGUCAGUCUAGUUCUGAGUUGAGAAGUGUCUGGAUUAUAGCAGAUUUAGGGAGCCCAGAUAAAGCCUGGAAGCUUUAAAAAAGUCAAAAGAAGUUGGCUAUGCUUGAAAAUUCAUGAAUAUGUCCCAAGAGAUCUAACUAGACUGGUUAAGAGGCACUGAUGUGGUAGCAAAAGUAUCUUCUUUCUUCUUUUAUUCCACCAGUAGGAGAAAGAAAUGAAAGCUGGGUUAUUCCGUCCUUCAGGGUCUUAACGUGAGCUUUUUUUCAACUAAAGUACUAGUGGUUUUGACUGAACGUGAAGGUCUAUGUAUUAAUGGCUUCUACUUUUGUAGGUGGUGAAAAAAAGUUUUGGAUGGUUAUAAAUUAGUGUACUUAAGAAAAAAAAUAUUUUUUUAAAGUUAAAUUGUGUAGUUAAAAUUUGCUUCCUGCUUGUGAUGUUGGGUAGCAUUCAGUGGUUCUAAUUAAAGCUCUUCAGCUUUGCAGCCAAAUGCUGGUAUAAUAUAGACAUGCUGGAGCCAGAUGGUAAAUGAACCUUUUAAUGUUAACUUAGUUUUUUGGAGAUCUGGAUGGAAUUGAGAAGCCUCAUCCUGAUGGUUUCACAUCUUCAUGUCAUGGAAUGCAAGAUGCAAUAAAACUAAAGUAACAAAGCAGCAACAAAAUUGUAUUAGUUUUAUUCUAUGAACAGACACGGGAAGGAAAACAGUUCACUGACACAGAAAUUAAAACACAAACCACUGUUUUAAAGAAACUGUGAAGAAUUUCUGGAAUGCAACUAAAUCUGUUCUUGUCAAGCAGAGAUGGAAUCAGGGUUCUUACAGUUCAUUUCCUCUCUAUGUCUAGAGACAGUAUUAAUGCCUUCUUAUGAAGGUGAACUUGAUCGCCUUGAUCUUCAAACUCUGAAUUCUGAAAGUAAAAACAGAAACAUCUUUUUUUCUGUUUGUUUUCAAAGUGCAGAACAUUAUGUGAAUUAAAAUAAUAAAAUCAGAAUGUUCAGCUGUUGUAAA